UAAGGCUGGAUUAAUAGGGGGAGUGAUUAAAAAAAAGUGUUUGUGUGUGGUUCUUUCUUGCUUUUUUUUCCUGUCGUAGUAGAAGCUCAAUUUGGUUUACGAAGGAAAGGGCACAAGAGAGACGAGUUGGUGUUGAUUUUCGAUUUUGUUUUGCUUCUGGAGUUACCGUUAUUUCACUGCAGGUAGACAAGAAAAACAAUGAUAUAAUCCAAAACACCUGGCUGAAAUUUUCCACCAUGGCGAGCCCCACGAUCGAAUCUCUAUGUUGUUUAUCGAGCACGAAUGCCUUCAGUAAAGACUUUCUCAUAGACUUCCAGAGUGUGCCUUACAAUGCCAUAUCCAUUCUGGCAUCCCUUUUUGGCAUGGCUGGUGCCAUAUACCAGGUUCUUCCCCGAACACUUGGUAAUGGUGCUAACGGUCGAGGGGGAAGGUUUUUCAAGACGAGGGGGCGCCUUAUCAUAAGAUGGCUAGCCUUUGCUGACCUUCUGGCCGCAUUCGGGAUUCUUGUAAGAUCGGCUUCCUGGCUUGCCGAUGACACUUUUGGAUCAAAGGCAGAUGACAGCAGACUAGGGCAGUCUAUGUGCAUCAUAACAUCGGUUAUUAUCCACUAUUUCUACACUGCAACAUACUGCUGGACCUUCUUAUAUGCCCUGGAUGUGAAGCUGGUAAUGCAUGAGAGACGCAUAAGCCACCGCAUGUACCAUGCAGUGGCUUGGAGUGUUCCGCUAAUCCUGUGCCUUAUGGGACUGCUCAUCCUGUAUCUUCCUGAUCUAAAUUGCCACAGUCAAGCCGUGAACCCGUAUCUGAGAUUUCUGCCGAAUUAUUUAAGCACAUUUAUUCCCAUUGUCAUUGUUAUGAUUGGCAACCCAAUACUUUAUUGCAUAGCGUUCUCAAGGGUUGAAAAGCAAAUAAUGUCAGCCAGAGGGAGAUUCACCCACUCAGAACGGCGGGUUGUUGAUGGUCUGCGCAAGAAGUUCUUGCUAAUCAAUGGAGUUUUUUAUCUCUGCUGGUUGCCAAAUAUCAUCAAUGGCAUCGUCUUGUGGACAUCUUGGAAUAAUCUUCCUAAAACAUUUAUUAUAACAGUGUGGUAUCUUAUGGCAAUCCUAAAUCCACUGCAGGCCGUAUUUAACUCCAUGGUGUAUCGCAGCUGGGAGGCAGGUAGUGGCAUCUCAAAGCCCAGUUGGUUCCCAGCAAGAUUAUGGCCAAAGCAUUCAUCACAACAGCUGGAGGUGCCCAAUGUCAAUGUUGAUGAUCUUUAUAACGAUCAGGUUCCCGAACAAGAAGAGUCUGUAGAAGAAUCUCCUCAGCGUUCUGUUUCUAUGAGGUUGUCACAUGAACGAACACCAUUACUGCACUCUUUGUCAAAAGAUGGAGUUAAUCAAAGCCAGCAUGAGGUCACCAGUAGCCAGACUGCACCUAAAGCAUAUACUUAAUACACAAGUUGUUUCUGCUCCAAUGUAGUUAAAUACAUUAUGGAUUGCACUGAAGCAUAUACUUACUACUUAUAUCUUCAGGUCACCAAAUUACCAUGUGCCAAUAACCUGAAUGGUAUGGAACACAUAUAGUACAUUUGCUUCUCUCUGUUUUUGGCAGUCUCAGGGAAAUGCUCUCUAAUUACAUAUGCAUCUGGAAAAAGCAUGGUAAUACUUUGACUUUACAGACUUCUGAAACUAAACACUUUUAUCAAAUGCUGAAUCAACUUUAAGCAGGCCUAGCAGAAUGUACCAGUAUGACAAAAUGUCCACUUGUUCUAUGUUCUCAGUUGUCUCUAAGUAUUACAUCCCAAGUCACAGUGCAUAUGAAAAUUUUCCUUUCCUCUGCAGUAUUGUUGCUCAGAUGAUAAUACUGACAAUUUUUUGAAAAUCAUUUGUUUUUAAUUGCUUUAAUGAUCAACAGUGCUUUACUUCAUUUAUCUAUGGCUUGUAUCACUGGAUCUAUAAUGCUUUCUAAGGGAGUUUCUCAGAAGUCACAAAGAAUUUGUCAUCAGUCACAAAGCUCUCAAGAAAGUUCAUAUACUAUAAUAUGACAAGCUUAAUCUUGCAUCUGCUUUCCAGAUUUGUUUACCUUUUUUCUCAUUUACAUUUGUCUUACUAAUUCUAUAGUUCCUUGAAUAUUUAUUACAUUUAUUUUAUUGAACAAGAUCACCUGUUACAUUUUUAGAAACCUUUUAUUUAUAUAUUUUUUCUUUCUUUUCUUUAUGGCAUAGUCAAUUCAAAAGCAUUGUAAGUCUUAUGGUGUUCUGUAUCUUUUGGUACUGAAAAUUAAUAAUUUUUAUGUUUUAGUAUACAUUAUUCACAAAAUAUUUUAUGCUACUUGAAAGAUGAUUGAAGCACGUAAUGAACAUCUUAAGGCUGAAAGUUAUUUAUAUAAGAUUUUGAAAACUUGGAGCAUUCCAUGUACUAUUUUAUGCCAUAGAAAUAGUAUCACGAGUAUAUAUUAAAUGCAUAGAUGCCAUAAGAUCUAUCAUUAAAAUGCAGACAAUGUUAUAGAGAGUUGCUAAUCAUACAUUCCAACUGUCUCAACAUUCCAAUUUUCAUUCCAGAUAUAUCCUUGAGAUAUAUUUUUUUUAAAGAUUGUUUUAUAGUUAAAUAUAUAAUGCACUUUUUAUUAUGCUCACUGACCUCCAUCCACAAAUGCUAACCAGAUAUCAGGUUUACUCGGAGGAUGGGAAUCUCUUCUUGACAGCUAACUGAUAACUAUUGCAACAAAAAGGGGUUGCACCUGUUAAUACUCACUGCCAUAUUCAUUGCAUUAUACCGACUAACUUUUGUAGGUAUUUUGUGUACAGGGCUUUUCAUGCAGUUGAUUGACAUUGCUAGGCAAGAUACUCCUUCCAUUGGAACAACUUUGAACAGAGCAUAGUGGGUAGAUGUUGCCAGCUAUUGAUACCUGUUUUAGUUGAUUUUUCUUUUCUGUUUUACUGAUCACUGUUUUAUAAUCAUUAUUAUUAUUAUUGGUGUUAUUAUUAUUUUUAUUAUUAUUAUUAUUAUUAUUAUUAUUAUUAUGAUGGUAAUUUUCAUUAGCAGUAGUAAUAGUAGUAGUAUUGCUGCUACUACUACUAUUACUAGUGUUAUUGUUAUUACUUUUGCUUUAGUUAUUAUAUGUAUGUUUGUGUAUGUACAUUUUUUCCAUAUAGGUUUUCCAUUCCUCCCAUACUUACAGCCUUGAAUAUGUAAUAUAUUUUUUAUUACCAAUUAUUGCAAUGGUGAGUUUGUUGCAAAAGCUGUUUGUUCUCAUUCACAAACUUGCUUUUUUUAUUAUUUUUGUAAUAUUACCUAUGCAACUACAUUAUUAUUAUGUAAUUGCAAAUAUUGAUAGUAAUUAAAACUGAAUGAUCAGAAAUCUAUUCCCUUGACAGGAUAUAUAUAUAUUGUAACAAGAUUUGUAAGUUGAAAAGGACUCAAAUUUUGUUAUUUAACAAAAAAUAUUAGUAAAGGGUUGCAAAAUCCUGUACAUGUCUGAAUGUGUUUUCAAGGGCACUCUUUAUAAUUUAAUCUUUUCCAUUCUUUCUUUGUUAAUAUUACUUGUGUACCAAUGAAAUAUAUUUAAGAGUGUAAUGAAUACUUCUCUUUUUUCUUUUUCUUUUUCUUUUUUUUUUUGCGUAAAGAAAUACAUAUAUAUUUACCUAGAUUGCGAAGCUUAUUUCCCACUUUAGCAUUUGGCAUCUAAGGAACUGCCAUCAGCAUAAAGAUAUUGAUAUUUUUAUAAGGUACUGCGUGUAAUUAUAUUUACAGAAUUUACACUGUCUGAUUAUAGUUGCAUUAGAUUAACAAGAUAUGGCAUAAGAGUUACUGGAAAGAAUUUGCCACAUGCAAAUGUUUGAAUUGAUAAUCUCUUUACAGUCUUACUAUUUAGAAGUGCUUAAGGUUAUUCUUUUUUUUCAAGCAGCAGAUAAACUGGGAGAUAUCAUAAAAAGAUCAUUGUUUUGCUUUCUGUGGACAAGUUGUUAAAACCUAGAAGUCUUAAUUAUCAUAUUAGGUUUACAUAGUUUUUUUAUAUAUCUAUUUAUAUGGGACUGUAAACAGCUCAUUAAAUAUUACUCAAGUCAAUAAACUUUUCAUUGGUACAAUAUACCUCUGUUAUUUUUACUCCUUAAUUUUCACUGUUUUGAUCCCAGGAAUGGAGGGUAUGAAAUGGUAAAAAAAAAUGUCAAUCUGAUAGUUAUUUCAUACAAAUGAAAUGCCCCUUGAAUAACAAGAUGCUCUACCACACUACACACUAAAGAAAUGCCUCUGUCAAAUAAGACAAUAGUUAAAUAAUAUAGCUAUAUUUCAUCUUCUAGUAGUGUAUGGUGAAAGUCCACGCAAGCUUUAUCAUAGUGUAUAAGUACAAUAACACACUAGGUUGAGUCUUAUGAAUUAAUAUAAACAUGCUACAUGAAAGCCCUUUUUCCCAUGUGGGAAUUUGCAAACACAUUUUUUGAGAACCCUUGCUCUGAAGAAUGAAAGCAUAUUAAUCACAUUCUGAUACAUUUUGUUUCAAUUUGUUACAGUGGUUAAUUGAUUCAUCUUGCAACAUUCAGGGCUCAUGUUUAAAUUUCUUUUAGUCAAUUGCAAUACAUUUUGCACUCAUACAGUGUAGCAGACCAAAGAUAUUGAAUGCAAAAAGAUAAUCAGUAUCCUUAAAUUGAUCCAAAGGUUCAUUGUUUUAAGCUUCCAUCAUCAUCUCAAUGGAAGAUCAUGUCUUUAUCCUGAUCUGGUCUAUAUUUUUAUCAUGUUCUCUAUAUGUUUUUCCACAUGUUCAAAUAAACUGCAUAUUACUUAGA